CAACUAUGUAAACGGAAACAAAAGUCAAAUGGAAAUAUCUAACGUGUUCUGGUAUUUUAUUUGUAUAGAUCUUACAUUUAUGUGUUCAUCCAUAUUGCCAAUGGAUAGACUUUAACCAUCUUCAUAUCCGGUAUGGACACAGAGCUUCAUCACAGUUACCAAGGAAAAGCAGUUGGCAUGUCAUGGCUAUACUGAAAGAGAAGAAACCAACACAUAUAUACACCCAACAGCUUAAUUCUCCAAGACCAUGGUGCAACCACACCGUGCAAUUCCUGUGUUAAACUACCAAUGAUCUCAUCAUGUCAUCACAGUUUCCCGAAAACACAAGCCUCUUUAUCGGAGGUCUUAAGUCUAUUGGAAGUGGUAAGAUGAAGCGCCAUCUCAUUUACAUGUUCAGACAAAUUGGACUGAUAGUGAAAAAGAGUCAGAUUUUUGUCGUGGAUAAAAACACGAAAUAUGUUUUCGCAUUCGUGAAUCUCGAAGACGAGGAAGCCGUCCGCUUGGCCCUCCAUCACCUGCAGAUGCCGGAACACCGGAGUGGCGUGCCCUUUGACUUCAGUCUCAUCACCGAACAAAGCAAGGUGCUGAAAUUCGAUCGCAGAAAACAUGUGAAGAAGACCGAAGCCCGUAAAGAAAUGAGUGACGAAAGCUCCGGCGAGGAAGAGAGCGAGAGCGAGGAGGGAUUCCUGGGUCCUCUGUUCACUCAGAAAUUCUACCACCUCGGAGAGAGGCUUGGAAAUGAAACGCGCAACGCUGAAUUUAAAGAGGGCGGGUUUAUGGUGGGCGACAAGAAGCAUGUUAUUAUGAACACUAUUGGAAAGUACGUGUGCAGCUUCCUGAACAGCGACGGGGGAACUCUCUUUAUUGGAGUUAACAAUCACGGUUGUGUUGUCGGGGUCUCUUGCAACCAGCAACAUGAAGAUCGAUAUCGACUCCAAAUUGACGAUGCCAUAAAGAAAGUUCACCCCCCGCUCUUUCCAACUAACUACACAGUGGACUUUGUCCAAAUCAGAGAUGAUGAUGACCAAGUUUUAGGUAAGGGCAGUUCCCAAAAUGACCAAGUGAGGAUGGGUGGACACUGUUUCUAUACCAUUAAAAUCAAAUAAAAAAUCACUCGCUUGAUGCACGGUCAGUCUAGGGUCAAU